GUUGGCUUGGCAUGGCAUGCAGAGAUUCUGCAGGCAAAAAAAGUUCUGUUCAACUACAAAAUCCAAACGUUCAAAAUUCAAAACAGAUCACCCAUAAAAAUGGUUCAUAUUAAUGACCUAAUCAAAAAGCUUUUAUCCAUUCAAACAAAUCCCACCAAUCCAUGAAAAAAUGGACACCAUUAAAUCACACCUUCAUUUUACCAGCCAAAAUUAAAAUAAAUAAAUAAACAAACUAAUAAUCUUCUUCUGUUGCGCACAGCUGUGCAGGGGCACUUUGGGAAAGGGAAAAGAAGAAGACAAAAAGAAAGGGGAAAUCGGAAUCGCCGCCGCUCUCGUCGGGAAAAAUGGCGAGGUGCCUGAGCUUCACCGGCUCCGCCGAUUUCCUCUACCGGAGCUUCUUCUCCUACUCGGGUCUCCGAUCCGUGAAGACGGAUCUGCACGACGGCGGCACCGUGAUGCACUGCUGGGUCCCCAAAUCGCACAAGCCGGCGAAGCCCAACCUCCUUCUGGUCCACGGAUUCGGGGCGAACGCGAUGUGGCAGUACGGCGAGCUCCUCCGUCACCUGAUGCCGCGGUUCAACAUCUACGUGCCGGAUCUGGUCUUCUUCGGGGAGUCCACGACCCCGCUGCCCGACCGGAGCGAGGGCUUCCAGGCGCGGUGCGUGAUGCGGCUGAUGGCGGCGCACGGGGUGGCAAGGGCGAGCGUGGUGGGGAUCAGCUACGGGGGGUUCGUGGCCUACAGCCUGGCGGCGGAUUUCCCGGAGGCGGUGGAGAAGGUGGUGCUGUGCUGCACGGGGGUGUGCCUGGAGGAGAGGGACCUGAGGGAGGGGCUGUUCGAGGUGGCUGACGUGGACGAGGCGGCCAACAUACUGAUGCCGCAGACGCCGGCAAAGCUGAGGGAGCUGAUGGGCUUCGCGUUCGUCAGACCAGUCAAGGCUGUCCCCACCUGCUUCCUCUCCGAUUACAUCGAUGUUUUCUGUACGGAUCAGGUGACACAGAAAAGGGAACUUCUUCGGGCUUUAAUCAAGGACAGGAAUCUCUCCAAGAUUCCGAAGAUUGAACAGCCCACAUUAAUAAUAUGGGGAGAGCUUGACAGAAUAUUUCCACUCGAGUUGGGGCGCCGCCUCCAAAGGCAUAUAGGGGUUAAUGCGAGAUUAGAAAUCAUAAAGAACGCAGGGCAUGCAAUGAACAUUGAGAAGCCGAGGGAGUUUGCAAAGCUUUUGAAAUCAUUUCUUGUUGGUUCUGAUCAGUCAUCUCAUUGGCCUAAGAUGCUUUUCUGGAGCAGCCCUUGAUGAAAAUACUUGGACUCCGUCUGAAACAAAACUGAACAUAUUUUUUAAAUGAUUAUAUACGUACAUAUAUAUUUAUGACUUGACUUCAUUUUCUUUAACCACAUCUGUUUACAGUGUACACUACUGUACAAUGUAAAUUGAUUUUCAUCUGAAUGAUUUUUGCUUAGGCAUUCCAUUAUUAUUGCCAUUAUAGACGUAGAGGAGAACUGGGGCUCUGUUUUUGGUACGAUUUUCAUGGAAUGAUGUGAUUUUGUAUAGGGGCAUUUUGUACCUAAUCCAAA